AUGGACAAACUUUCAAUUUCUUCGCUGAGAGAACUUGAAGAUUUGAUUAUUGAUUUGAUGUAUCUAGAGGCGAUCACGGGCAAACUUGAUCAGCAAAGGGCUCUUCUCGACGUGGACUCGGCUAUAGGUCGUGAUGUCAAACAAGAAGAGAUUACCCAUCUUCAUACAUCGCUUACUCAGUGGUGUGAAAGAGUGGAUUAUGUAUUGAACCAUCUAGCUAAUGAAAUAAAGUUAGCUCACGUCCAGCGACAAGAGGUUGAUACCCAUAAAGAGCAAUUGACUAACGAAGCUGCCGCUCUUAAGAUUGCAAUUAAGAGCCAACUCCGAAAAGCACAAAGCGACGCUUCCCGAAUGGACAUUGAUGAAUGCCUUGGUUUGCCCGAAUUGAUGCUUCCAGAUGGAGCUGUAUUUCCAACUAAGUCUGCAGGUACCCUUUUUUUAUUUGCUUCUGACAAAGAUUUUUGGUAG